AUGGCUGCAUCAGAAGAUAUCGCCAAGCGGGAUGUAUCAUCGAUGACAGCGGGGGGAGAGAAAGAUAAUAAAAAUAACACGGCGGAAGAAUCGAGAGAUGGAGAAUCAGAUGCUGAGUCUAUGAACACUAAAGCUGGAUCUAUAUGGACGAUUCUGGGAUCUGCAAUGGCGAAUUAUUCAGACGGAUAUCAACAGGGUUUAGCUUCAAGCACAAACGUCAUAUUCGCCCACCUCCUCCGCCCCAAACUCUACACCUCCACAAUCCGAACCCGCAUUUCCAAUGCCCUCCUCAUCGGUUCCGUAAUCGGCAUCCUCAUUCUCGGUUACACAUCCGACAAAUUUUCCCGCAAAGGCGGUAUGCUCUUCACAUCCACCCUCGUGAUCCUCGGAUCUCUGCUCUCGGUCUUCACAUUCCAAAUUCCUUCCUCCUCACACAUGUUCUGGUACCUCACCAUCGCGCGCGGCAUCGCCGGCGUCGGCGUCGGCGGCGAAUAUCCCACUUCCGCCGCCGCGGCCCUCGAAGGAUCCGCCGAUUCGUUCGAUGCGAAAAGAGGACCCAUCCAAGUCUUCAUCUCGACGCUCAUGGCCACAACCGGUUCGCCUACCUGUACACUGGUUUAUCUCCUCUCUCUGGUCGCCUCGGAUAAUAAUCUCAAAGUCGCAUUUCACGCCAUCUACAGCACAAGUACCAUUCUCCCGCUCUUCGUCAUCCUCUUCCGCUUGCGCAUGACGGACGGAAAACUCUUCCAGAAAUCGAAUCUUAGGAAACGAGCUAUUCCCUGGCGCUUUGUGCUCCGCAAAUAUGGAUUACGCUGUCUGGGCACCAGCACCGCAUUCUUCCUCUACGAUUUUGUCAAUUUUCCAAAUAGCAUCAUGAGCGCCGCCAUCAUUGACGGACUUGUCCCCGGGAAAAACAUCCGCACCGUCGCGAUCUGGCAAUUCAUCCUCGCCAUCUUCCCUAUCCCCGGUGUGCUGCUUGGCAUGUGGCUCGUGAACCGCAUUGGAAGAAAAUGGACUGGGACUCUAGGGUUUUCAGGCUACAUCAUCUUGGGCUUUAUCAUCGGGGGAUGUUAUGGUACUCUUACCACAUCGGAAAAUCUGCCUGCGUUUGUGGUGCUGUAUGGAUUGUUUGCGAGUCUGGGACACAUGGGACCCGGUGCUACGAUUGGGUUGAUGAGCGCGGAGAGUUUUCCCACGGCGAUUAGAGGGUUGGGGUAUGGGGUGAGUGCGGGGUUUGGGAAGGCGGGCGCGGCGGUGGGGACGCAGGUUUUUACGCCGAUUCAGGAGGUGGCGGGGAAGAGUAGUACGUUUUUUGUGGCGGGGGGUGUGGGGGUAUUGGGGGUGGGUGUUUAUUGGUUUUUGCCUGAGGGGAGGGAGGUGGAUUUGAGGGAGAUGGAUGAGGAGUUUGAGAGGGGGUUGAAUGGGGAGGUGAGAGGUUAG